GUCAGAGCCCACUUCCUUUGGCUGUGAACCAACUGAGCAUUUCAGCUGACAAUCGAAUUCUGUUCUCUCUAGGGUUUCAAUCUCUCUCUAGAUUCUCUCUCUAGAUUCUCUGAUAGAGAGGCGGAGAUAGGCUGAAAGAUGGAAGCUGAGAGAAAGCUGUCGGCAGAUGCGGAGGCGAUAUUCAGAGAAGGCAUCGGUCUGGUUCUGUCCCGGUGGUCGGCGCUCCAGUUGGCCGUCGACAACGAGUGGGGCGGCCGUGGCUCGCGCCAAAAAGCCGAGCAACUCGCCGCCGAUGCCUUCUCGUGGUUCACUCAGUCUGCAGAGAUUCUGUACAUUGAUGAUUUGGAAGAUAUUCUCAAUGAAGCUAUGAUUUCUCUCAAUACAAUGACAGAGGAUGGCAGCAUUGAGGAGGUGGCUGAAAAGUUAAUGUUUAUGUAUGAAGACUGUUUGACUGGCAAUUUCAAUUCCGUUGAAAGUCUGAGAGAAGCCAAUCAUCGAAGAGUUGCCGUUCCUCAUGUUAGACAAGACAAUGAAGAUGAUGAUGACGACGACGACAAUGACAACGAGGAAAAUGAUGGUUCAUCUAGCAUGAUGGUGGACACACCAGAGUCCCAGCCAAAUUUGAAUCCAGCAGACGCGACGAGCAGUAAACCAACUCCCAAGCCAGCAGCUAAAGCAGAAGAUGGAUGGGAAGUAGUUGGACCAAGACGUAAUCGGGGUAAAAGGAAUUAGGCUGAACCCCAAAUUAUGUUUCACUAGAAAUUUUGCAUCUCUCCAUCAAGUAGAAGUUUCUUAAAUGCUAUUUUGUUUGAUCAUGUGGAUAGCGGGUUGGUUAGUUGAAUUUUCGCCUGUUUACUCUCUACUCUCUCUGAGAACUUGUAGCGCAACUACGUAAUUAUAUUGGAAUUACCAAUUAAUUUAGGAGUUGUUCUUGGUUAUUAUAUAUUGAUAUGUUAAACCCGAUAA